AUGGAGCCCCAUCUCGAAGCUGAGUUGCGGCGAGGGCUACUUGAAGCAGCCCCUUACGAGGACAGCCCUAAACGAGACAAAGUAUCCACCAGUGUUCGGCUACUGCUAUCAUUGCGGAAAACGUGGGCUGCACGCGGCCAUUUCCCUUACAAGUUAGCGCUGCAUGUCACGCUGGUACUCCUCACCUUCACACAAAUGCAGCUCUACGACGCACAAAAUACCGCCUAUUUGCGUGCGUCACAUCGAAACUGGGCAUUUUUCUUUCUGCCGCCUUCAGCUACAAUUGGUAUAAUCCCGCGCUAUCAGCGCGAGUUAUACACAAUCGAGCAUACGUUAACCGCGUUGCUCUUUCUGCGAGACGCCUAUUUUACAAUCGGCAAUACAUCCGUUGCCAGUUAUGAGUACUUACGUUUGUCUUCAGGCGACAUUCAGCCAAUUCGAUUGGCAGUCGUUCAAAUGCUUCCUAAUGGCAAUUUAGUAAAGCGGGAGUACCUUGUUUAUCAGGAUGACAAAAGUGUGGGGCCUUUCGACCCUACACUGCCGUGGGGGCAGAAAAUAAAUUUGUUUCGAUCGCUACGCAGUGUUAGGUUCUCUUUUUCGCUCCGUGAUCAUCAAUUUGGGACUCAUUAUCUGGAAUGCUUUGAGUGGCAAGUGAAUGUGCGAUUUGAAGUUAUUGAGAGCGCCCAGAUUCGUGUGCAACUGGAGGAUUCCGAAGUGUUUAGCUGUUCAAAUUCGUAUUCUCGUCCAUUCUGGACGGCGACAAGACAGAGCUUUGUAUGGAUGCACAUAACUAUUGCGGUGGUUUCCAGUUUGUACAUGGUGCUAAGUCUCAAAUAUCUAUGGCGAUGCUUUAACGCAAAGCCAAACGAGGACGAUAACAUGCCAUUCAAACAUGGAAUGGACGAUGUUCUCCACAAUAACACAACCGAAAUCGAAAACCGCGACCGCUCGCAGCAAUAUUUCAGGCAGUACAAUAACCCUUCAUACUGGAGAUUUAGACAAAUCAACAGCUUUCAAUUAAUUGUCUUAGUUUCGCUUGUCCUCUUACUCUGCAGCACGACAUGGAGUCUAUUUCUUAGAGAGGCUCAUAUCCCGAUUCGUUUUUGGCAUCGUUUACUGCAUGCGACAGCACUAUUGUUGCUUUGGAGUAGUUCUAUGGGAUAUCUCCAACAUAAUCAGAACAUUUUUUCGAUUGUGUUAACCCUCAAAUUGGGAUUACCACGCGUGUUGCAAUUUUUGCUAGGCGUAUUUCCACUUUUUUUUGGAUAUGCCCUUUUUGGGACAAUAUAUUUUGGGAACAAGAUUGAAGAAUUUGGCUGUUUGAGUGCUUCAAUGGUAACUUUAUUCUCCCUUAUGAAUGGAGACGCUAUCUUGGAUACUUUUGACGCAAUGAAGCUCCACAACUUCUCUAUUUCGGGAAAAGUUUACAUGUAUUCGUUUAUCUCGCUCUUCACGUAUGUGGUUUUGAACAUUUUUAUCGCUAUAGUCGAGGAGGCGUUCUUUGCAACUCAAUCUUCCCGCCGCCGGCUCAAUGACUUACUAUCGGAUCGUCAUGUAUUGAAGACAUAA